AACUCAGUGAGACUUGAACUGAGGAAAAGAAUAAACUACACCUACAAAAUCCAAUUAUUUAAUGUUUCCUAUUUGAUUUGCAUUGGUCACUUGCAUUAAUUCAUCUUUCUAGAGCCAAGACAUGCCUUAGAUAUUUAGAACUCCCUAAUUGUGCACUGAUCACCUGUGUGUGCGCGCAGAGUUGAGCAAGAGUCGUGUUCAUAAAAUAACAAAUGAGUUACACGUUUGCUUAUGUACCAGGAGUUUUUGCUGUAACACCUCUUGCUCACAGGUGUAUUUAUAGAACCAAGCCGAUUGUCAGUUUAUUUCCUGACUCUGCUGUUGCUGUAGCCAAGGCUCAUUUACACACGUGUGUGUAUGCAAGGUUAAAAAAAUCUGCCGUGGCACUUUGUCCCUCAUUUGUGUUUUAUAAAAGAGCAGACUCGUUCUUUGAAGAACACGGGCUGAGGGUGAUGGGUGUUGCAGUGGCUGCCUGUAAGCAGGAAAAAUGAAUCUUUCCUCAACCCCUGAUGGUGUUUUUUCUGCAAUUCCUGUUUAUUGGGUGGCAUGCGCAGAGCAGGGGCACCCACGCGGGUGAUGGGUGCGCAAGGAGUGGAGGCUGUGGGCAGGUUGAGGGCUGGCGGGGUCCAGCACUGUGUAAGCAGCCGGGCUGGCUCAGUAAGGCGCAACUUAGUCACUUCCUUCGGGAAGUCUGUAGGAUGGAGCAGCCUCGGGUGUGGGAGCCCCACCUGAGCCUCCUGGAGUUGGAGCAAAAUGUCGAGGUGUUCUCGCUUACCGGGACCGGACCUUCCCGCGGGCUGGGUUUGCUGCUCCGGCCUGUCACGGGGGGUGUGGCACUGACCUUGGGCUCUGCGCUGGCCAGGAAGGCCCAAGAAGGGGUUAGACCCGCUGUGGGAGAUGAAACCAGACCCAACAAAGCCUGGGGCACCAACGCUUCUUGGGAUGGUUCCAUCUCACGGCUACUCCUGAACCUCCUCGCUGCAGUCACCUGGCCGAAGCAGAGAACCUCAGCCCGCUCUCGCCGUGUCCCCGCUCUGCCGGGAGACCAGGCUUGGGAGAAAACCGCCAUGGCUUGGUGCUCCUCGGCGGCUGGAACGCGCUGCUGCCCUUCCUCGCCAGCCUGGAGCCUCCAUCCUCCAUCAGCUGCAACGAAGAAUGUCCCCGCGUGUCUGACGAGGCACUGUGGCUUGUCCCCCAGAUUCCCCGGCUCGACAAGUCCUUACUCACCCGCUUGUUCAGGGCUUUCAUGAGCCCCCCCGUCAGCCCCACGAGGACAUUUCUGGGCCGGUGGCCCGGUGGGAGAGCGCGAGGCGGGGGUGAGGCGUUGCCUGCCCAGCUGCCGGCGCAGAGGCCAGAGGCACCUGUACAAGAUCGAGGCGUGUCGGGAAAUCUGAUGCCUCACCUCCGCCGAUGUGGAGGCGGAGGGAGGAGGGCCCAAAGACAUGUCCCUUCACGCUCGCAACAGCUGAAAACGGAGAAGGAAACUCGCUAGAGCCUUUUUUUACCAGCACAGGAGGCCUCGCUGUCCUGCGCUCACCCCAGAAGCCCUCCCGUACUCCAGUACUCUGGGGGGGUGGCAGUCCCGCACCCACCGGGCGAUGAACAUCGCAAGGAGAAGAGGCUUCUAUAGACAGGAGGUGAACAAAACCCUCUGGGAACUGCCCAGGAGAUACACGUCCCUCCACCCCGUGGGGUCGGGAGCCUACGGCUCGGUGUGUUCAGCCAUAGACAAGAAGACAGGGGAGAAAGUGGCUAUCAAGAAGCUCUGCCGCCCGUUCCAGUCGGAGAUCUUUGCCAAGAGAGCGUACCGAGAGCUCAUGCUGUUGAAGCACAUGCAACACGAGAAUGUCAUUGGGCUGCUUGACGUCUUCACCUCCGCCCCCUCCUACCAGGGAUUCCAGGACUUCUACCUGGUGAUGCCAUACAUGCGGACAGAUUUACAAAAGAUCAUGGGACAUGAAUUCAGUGAUGAAAAGAUCCAGUACCUGGUCUACCAGAUGCUGAAAGGGCUGAAGUAUAUUCAUUCCGCUGGCAUCGUCCACAGGGACCUGAAGCCAGGCAACCUGGCUGUGAACGAGGACUGUCAGCUAAAGAUCUUGGAUUUCGGCUUGGCCAGACACGCAGAUGCUGAAAUGACUGGCUACGUGGUCACACGCUGGUACCGAGCCCCAGAAGUCAUUCUGAACUGGAUGCAUUACAACCAGACAGUGGAUAUCUGGUCUAUUGGCUGCAUCAUGGCAGAAAUGCUGACAGGGAAAACGCUGUUUAAAGGAAGAGACUACCUAGAUCAACUGACACAGAUCCUGAAAGUAACGGGGCAUCCAGGGGAAGACUUCGUGGAGAAGCUGGAGGACAAAGCGGCUAAAAACUACAUCAAGUCCCUUCCUAAAAUCCCCAAGAAGGAUUUGUCUGUGCUUUUUCCCAAAGCCAAUCCUCAGGCAGUGGACCUGCUUGACAAGAUGUUGCAGCUCGAUGUGGAAAAGCGCCUUACAGCGACAGAGGCGUUGGCUCACCCCUAUUUCGACCAGUUCCGAGACGUCGAGGAGGAGACAGAAGCACAACAGUCCUAUGAUGAUUCUCUGGAACACGAAAAACUUUCAAUAGAUGAGUGGAGAAAGCAUAUUUACAAGGAGAUCUUGUCCUUCAGUCCCAUUGCACGGAAGGACUCAAAGAAGCGAACUGGGAUGUCGUUAUAGCGACCGGUAUGGCUUUUGCUGGGAUUCACUUCUCCUGGGUGACGGAUGGGACUGGCUCCUCGCUGCCUCGCUGGUGGCCGUCGACUGGCCUGUGGGACUUGUGUGUGCCAGCACAAGGGUGACGCCGUGCUGUGGGCACUGGACUUUGUUCUACUAGAGGGGGAAACACCCCAAACAGUUUUCAAUGCAAAAGAUAAAUAUAUUCUCAUUGGAACUUC